AUGUGUAAUUAGUUGAUGGGCGUCUACUUUUACCUCUACCUACACACUGAAAGAAAGUCAAUAUAGUUUCCCCUUCUUCAAAAUCAAUCUCAAAUCAAAUCUGGGAGAGAGAGGCAAUCAUGGGGUUCGCCAUCACACCCACCACUAAUGCAAUCCCUGCCUGUUCAUCAUCAUUCAACGCCGUUAACAGAACCACAACCCCUAAUUCGGGUUCACUUACACUAACAGAUCGCAGCAGCUGCUGGAGGACGAGAAUCAAGAGGACUGCAUUGCCCCUUGUGGUGUGCGCCGUCGAACGGAGCAACACCAACGGCAGCAACAGCAGCAGCAGCAGUGACGGCGGCGGAAAGACCAAGAAAGGAGGAGGUGUCCCUAAUUCGAACUACGUUGUGCCCCUGGAAACGACGUUCCCUCUCACGAACUCGCUGGCUCGCCCUCUCGCCGAGAUUCUCAGAGACCUCAACAAGAGAAUCCCGGAGAAUAUCGUCAAACCUCACGAUCGCGAUCCAACGCUAAUCCCGUGGUAUCAUGCUAAUAGGAUGUUAAGCUUCUAUGCCCCAGGAUGGUGCGGCGAGAUACGUGAUGUCAUAUUCUCUGACAAUGGCAGUGUUACUGUGGUUUAUCGCGUUACUGUGAGAGGAUCUGAUGGAGAGGCACAUCGUGAGGCAACUGGGACAGUGUCACCAAGUGAUGGCCACAUUGGCGAUGCAGUUGCAGCAGCUGAGGAAAUUGCUUUCUGCAAAGCUUGCGCCCGGUUUGGUCUUGGCUUGUAUUUGUAUCACGAAGAUCAACUAGCCAGUAUUUAACACACUAAAUAUAUAUGUUUUGGUUUAUAUAUAUAUUGUAGUGCUGGUUUCUUUGAAUUGUUGUCAAUAGAAGUAGCCAAUAAAUGCAUGUAAGGUAUUCUGGAAAACUAAUUCAAGAUAUUUGCUUUGUAAAGACUUUUGAAAGCUGGUGUUAAGGCAAUUUUCUUCAUUGAUAUGUUA